AUGGAUAUCUUUCAAGUUUUAACAAGAGGCGCUAGUGUGAGAAAAGCUGGGCGUUCUGGUGGCUCUGCAGAUUUCAGCAAGACUCCGGUGGAUCAGGAUCGGGUGGUAAGGGCAGGAAGCACAAAAAAACCGGACUCAGAACGGCAACUCACGAAGGAAUUGGAUUUUUUCCGCAACAAGAGAAUUGUGCAUAAGAUUGAAGCCGAUGGUGAGCAGGAUACUAAUGAUGAGGAUUCAGUGAAGAGGAGAGAAGUGUCGGAUGCGCGCUUGAAGUUCGAGGUGGGCUCUACCAAGAUUUCUACCGCGGAAGAUGCUGCUGAGCUCAGAAAAACGUACAUGGGUAAAGUCUCUGGUGACGACGUACCGCUGCCGAUCGGUUCGUUUGAAGACCUGGUAGCACGUUAUAAGUUUGACAAGCGUCUCAUAUCAAAUCUUUUGGAUGCCCAUUUUACAGAGCCCACUCCCAUCCAGUGCGAGGGUAUACCGAUAGCAUUGGACGGUAGGGACAUUUUGGCUUGUGCGCCAACAGGGUCUGGUAAGACUUUGUCUUUUGUUCUGCCGCUAUUGCAACAGGUGAUUGCAUCCCGCAAAACGGAGGGUCUCAAGGGAUUGAUCAUUUCGCCAACAAAAGAGUUGGCGAACCAAAUUUUUUUGGAAAGCACCAAGCUCAGCAACAAGAUUUUUAUGGACAAGAAAAGACCACUUUCCGUCGCCUUGCUCAGUAAAUCUCUAAGUGCCAAACUGAAGAACAAAAUAGUGAGCGAUAAAAAAUACGACAUCAUAAUUUCUACCCCACUACGUCUGAUAGACGUUGUCAAGCAAGGAGCACUGGACCUCUCUUCUGUCAAACAUAUCAUCUUUGAUGAAGCAGACAAACUGUUCGACCAGACAUUUGUGGAGCAAGCCGAUAGCAUUUUGGCAUCUUGUCGCGAUCCACAGCUCCGCAAGUCGAUGGUCUCUGCAACGAUGCCUUCGGGAUUGGAGCAAAUUGCUCAUACUAUCAUGCUAGAUCCGGUGAGAAUCAUCAUUGGCCAUAAGGAAGCAGCAAACUCGAGCAUCGAACAAAAGCUGGUAUUCUGUGGUAACGAAGAAGGUAAGUUGGUAGCGAUAAGACAAAUGAUCCAAGAGGGAGGGUUUAAACCUCCAGUCAUAAUCUUUUUGGAGUCUAUUACCAGAGCCAAGGCCUUAUUCCAUGAACUGCUGUACGACAAUCUCAACGUGGAUGUUAUUCAUGCCGAAAGAACGCAAAUUCAGAGGGACAAGAUCAUUCAAAGAUUUAGAACCGGUGAGAUCUGGUGCUUGAUAUGUACUGAUGUCUUGGCCAGAGGUGUAGAUUUCAAGGGUGUUAAUCUUGUUAUCAAUUAUGACGUUCCCCGAACGGCACAGGCUUACGUGCAUAGAAUCGGUAGAACCGGUAGAAAUGGACGCGAUGGUACCGCAGUCACCUUUUAUACCAAGCAAGACAACUUGGCAGUGAAACCUAUCAUCAACGUUAUGAAACAAAGCGGAUCUGAAGUCGCAGAAUGGAUGGAUGACUUUUCCAAGAUGACCAAAAGAGAGAAGGAAGCUUUGAAAAAGGGCAAGUCCUCUGCCGAUAGACAACAAAUCAGCACAGUUCCCAAACUGGUAAAGCAAAAGAGGCGGCAGCGUGAGGAGAUGGUUGAAGCAUCAAAAAGACGAAAAGCAGUAGAGGAAGUUCAUAGCGAAAACGACGUUUGA